AGAUGGAUUCUAAAAAAAUCAUUACAAUGACCAUCGUGUCACUUAUUAUCUUAAUAGCAAUUACAGCCGUUUAUGGGAGACCCAGCCAAGAAGAAGACGAUAAAGAAAAACAACGUAUUAGCCACGCUGUCAGAGAUAGUGAUAAUUUCAGUUAUUCCAGCCUAGUAGGUCAUGUAUGGGAUAAACAAGUAAAACGUAAAUCUAAACCCGGCAAAUCAGGUGAAAAUUCCGAAAUACCGAAUAAAAUUGAUUGCAAGCAUUGUGGAGUUGUUAACUAUCGGCACAACCUAAAGUGCACGAGUUGUGAGCAACCGAUAAAGCUUGUAUGACACAUAAUGCUGGACCGUCAUGCAUCUUCACUCAGAUAAAAAAAUAAAGUUUUCAUUCUACAGAAAUAUAUUUUAUAGUAAUUUUAAGUAUUGUAUUUAUAUCUAACGCAUUGAUUUGUUGUAAAAACUUUUAAUUAUUAUUCAGUU